AUGCUUAGGACUCUAAUUCUCUCAACGAUAUUGGAGCUUAUCUGUUUUGUUCAAUCCCAAAAUUUUGAGACCUAUCAGGAUUAUAGAAAGCACAACAAUGACUCUCUACUAUGGGGUGCUUAUAGACCACAUACAUAUUUCAGUGUCAAACCUCGUUAUGUUGAUAAAAGUCCCUUCAUUUUGGGGUUAAUGUGGAUGGACAGUUAUUCCAACAAUGGUAUAGAAGGUCUAAGACAUUUUGUGGAACCACAUGAACAGGGGCUUGAGCACUAUGGGUGGCAGACUUAUGAUCCCAGAAUCGGUGGAGUUGAAACGAUUGUCGAUAAGAAGAAUAACCUUAAUUUGACUGUGUCUCUAGCUAAGAGUAAAGAUGGUGCUAACUGGGUUACAAGAGUAUCUGGUAAAGCUAUGGACCCCAAAAGAAAGAGUACAGGUUCUAUAUUUCUUUACUUGAAUCAACAAACUACGAAGGACGAUCAAAAGUCGAUGUUGCAUUUGACUCCAAAUGAAUUGAAAGGGAAAAUGACAUUUAAAGGUGUCUCUUCCGAGUUAGGUAAAUAUAAUGUUGAUGUUAUAGAUAAGAAAGGAAAAUAUUAUAGAUCUAGGGGUAAGGAUAAACCCUAUAGCAAACUUGUUGAUGCUUCUCAAACGCGCCAUGUUUCCUUUAGAGUCCCAGAGGAUAAUUACUGGAAGGCACAUGAUUUGGUUAAAACUCUCAUCUCUGAAUCCUUAACAGAUCUUUUACAUAACUAUGAUGUUGCAAAAGUCACAAAGAAUGAAUUUCCUGAUUUUUAUUCCAUUAGAGAUAUGUUCAAUUUUAAUGAGGGAAACUUUCAUAUUAUUCAAAAGACCUUUGACACAUCUGGGAGUGAUGGUGAAUUCGAGAUUGAAAUCAUUUAUAAUUCCAUUGAGUCUAAACAGAAGAUAAAGCCAGCUGAAACAAAUGCACUAAUAACACAAUCUUUGCUCGAAAUUGAUAGAAAGUUCAAUAAGCAUUUCCAACUAUCUGAAUCCCAAAAGGAUAAGACAGAGUUUGUAAAAUCAACUCUCGCCAACUUACUAGGUGGUAUUGGUUACUUCUAUGGUAAUCAAAGAGUUGAUAGAAUUACUACAGUAGAUGAGAAACAUUUUGAUGAAAUUAAACUCUCUCAUGGAGACGAAGAUGGACCAUAUAGUCUUUUCACAUCUGUUCCCAGUAGAUCUCAAUUUCCUAGAGGUUUUUAUUGGGAUGAAGGUUUUCAUUUAUUACAAAUCAUGGAAUAUGACUACGAUCUUGCAUUUGAGAUAAUAUCAAGUUGGUUCAAUAUGAUCGACGAGAAGGGAUGGGUUGCCCGUGAGGUUAUUUUAGGCGAAGAGGCGAGAACUAGGGUGCCUGAUGAAUUUAUCACUCAAAAUCCUAACAUUGCUAACCCGCCUACUAUCUUACUUGCUUUUAGUGAAAUGCUACAAAGGGCGUCUAAUAGUUACAAGUUAGUAGGUGAACUAGGUGAUAGCGGUGCUGAUAAGGACUCCGAUACAUUAGAAUACAAUCACAAAUUCUUGAUAGAGUAUAGCAGAGAAAUUUAUCCAAAACUUGUCAAACAUUUUGAUUGGUUUGUGAAUUCUCAAAGAGGAUUCACAGAAGAGUAUGAAGGCUUGAUUGAAGAAAAUGCUAUAUCAGAUAAAGUUCAUUUAAAUGAGAUCUUUGCUUGGGUUGGCAGAACCAACAGUCAUUGUUUGCCAAGUGGCUUAGAUGACUACCCAAGAUCCAAACCAUGCGAUGUAACAGAAUUGCAUGUCGAUGCAUUGUCAUGGGUAGGUGUCAUGGCCAGAUCUCUGAAACAAAUUGCAACCAUUCUGGAUGAAGACGCAGAUAUACUCAAGUAUGAAGAAGUAGAAAAUAAUGUAAUUGAGAAUUUAGAGUUGCUACACUGGAGUGAAAAGGACCAGUGUUUCUGUGAUGUGGUGGUUGAUGAAUAUGGAGAAGGGAUUAGUUACGAUUGUCAUGAAGGCUAUGUAUCUCUUCUACCGUUUGCUUUAAAAUUGGUUCCUAAGGAAUCCAAGGCCAUUGCCAGCGUUCUAAAGCUAAUCUCAGAUAAAAGCAAGCUUUUCUCACCUUAUGGUCUUCUGUCGCUGUCAAAACAAGACAAAUAUUUUGGUCAAGAUGAAAAUUAUUGGCGUGGACCAAUAUGGCUGAAUAUUAAUUAUUUGUGCCUAGAUGCGCUGAGAUAUUAUUUUCCAGAAAUCCAUGGUACAAGCAAUAAUAAUAAAGCUAGCGUAUUAUCUAAGACAGCUAAAACCACUUACACUCAGCUAAGCCAAAACUUGAUCAAAAAUGUUUACGAUAAUUGGAAAGCAACUGGCUACUGUUACGAGAACUAUAGUCCCGUUGAUGGGCGCGGUACCGGUGCCAAACAAUUUACAGGCUGGACAUCUCUAAUUGUAAACAUAAUCAACUGGAAUUAG